CCCAAUGAAAAACCUGUAGCAUUUUAUCAUCAUUUAAAACUGUUUUCAACGGAACCAGAUGUUGUUGCUGGUACAAAAGCAUUAGUCAAUGAACAUUAUGAUGAAUUGGUAAAUUUAUAA